AUGUCUAAGGGAGUUUGGUGCCUCCUAAGGCAAAAAGGCUACGCUAAUGGACUAGCCUUAAUCCGCCGAAAUAACGCUAUUGCUCGUGACUUCGAUGAUCUACGCAAUUUGACGAUUACGAAAGACGCGCAACAGCGUAAAGAGAGAAUCGAAGAGGCUACAAAGCAUAAGGAGGAGCUCAAAGCAGCAAGGCAAUCGUUAUUAAAGCGAAGUUCUCGCGAUUCAUUCCCUUCUCCCGUCCCUUUGUUACUUCAGCUAGCGAUUUUGUCACCGAAAGAAUACGCAAAGGAGUACAACGAGUAUAACGACGAGCCUCUUAAUGUUAAAGCCCAGAGCAGAGAUCAAACCUACCGAGGGCACGGAAGAAGAGGAAGAGGACACGGUAGCCCGACAAAGGGACAAGGAAAUGAGCCGCCAAAGGACCUUGGACGAGACCUUGGACGAAAAUACGAGCCCCCCGGCGAACCUGGGCCAAACCGACCCUUUACCAGCACUCCUUUUUCGACCCGAGUAAUAGCUAGGCACACCUACGGCACCCCGAGAGCCCUUAACGACGACGAUUUUCUUGAGCUCGAAACGGCAGACCCACACCCGAAAGCGAAGGAAUUGGCUCUACUUGCAAGGAGUUUUCCUAAGGAAUUGAAAUAUUCAAAGCCGAAAAACGAUUUUAAUACUCGGCUCAAGAUUUUUGCCGAUCACGCGUGCCGAUACGGGUUGACAACCGAUGAUUACUUAGCUGCUUUCCCGAUUAUGCUCGCCGAAGAAGCAAUUAAGUUUUAUUACAACUACGUAAUCAAAGCUAAACUUCUUACUUUCAAGGAGAACGCUAUAGCACUCGAAAAAGAGCUGAAAGCAGUGCAAAGAGCUCUUCGGCCAAGUCUGAAGGAUGAUAAGAGUCUCGUUGACAAGCUAUAUUCAGCUUGUAAAAACGUGCUAAAGACGAUUAUAGCUCGGAUGAACCCCGCCUCUACCUCUACCGCCGCAAUUGCUGAUAUUCGCCGAGCAAUUGCGUUUGCAACUAAGAGCUUACGACCUCCCGCCAAAGCAAGCAGAGCUUACGCGAGCUUUAGCGAGCCAUUUGCUCAGCAUUCCUCUCAGCACUCCUCUCAGCACUCUUCUCAGCACUCCUCUCAGCACUCUCCUCAGCACUCUUUUCAGCACUCCUCUUAA